CGUGUUUCGGGAUACUCAUGGCAUUGGCGUCGCAGGAAACACUAACAGGAACGCAGAAGAAGCUUGUUGCUGCUUCUCGGGGUUGCUAAGAGGGUGGAACAUUGUUGAAGGUUUAUUAGCGAGGAGGAGGAGAAUGGGAGUGGUGUCUUAUGCUGCUGCAGGUUGAUUGACUGGUUGAUUGAGUGCACCACUUGACUGUGUUUUUAUUUAGGGUUUUGAUGAAUUUUCAAAUUGCGGACCAGUUUGGUUGUGAGCGGGGGACUCUGCCACUAAGUUUUGCGCUGGAAAAGGUGCAUCUCAUAAUUGGACAUGAAGUUGGGAGAGUUUGGGAGCGUCGUGGCUCCUUAGGGUCUUGGCGCAUAUUGGAGCAUAAAUGGGAAGUCCUGAGGGAAGUGGCAGGGACAAAUACUUGUUCAAGAGACGGAAGAGCGAGAGCUCACAUUAUUUGAAAUCUUGCGACUGGGAUGACGGAGAGGGCCACGAGGAGGACCUCAAGAAGUCAAAGAAGAGUAGCAAGGGCGAUCGGGAAAGAGACAAUGCAUGGGUGAAAGACAGGGAGAACGAGAGGGACAGGGAUAGGAGAGGGAGCAAGACCGGGUUGUUAGAGAAGGGAGGAGCAAGGACGAGUACUACGACGAAUGCGAAAAUCGGUUGCGGUCUUUUAGGGGGGACAGACACGAGGAGAGAGCGGAGAGAGCGGAGAGAGACGAUCGGGAACUCGUGGAAUCCCGAGCAGUGGGCAAUAAGAGACAGAAUCCGUCGGAGAGGGUAAGCAAGGAAAACGAAGUUGUUCUUAUUCAAGAAGCGAAGAUGAGUGGAGGAGCUGAUCAUGGCGCCGACUUCGCUAAGAGAAUAGUUCGGAAGCAUGACAGGUUCCAUGAGUUGGACGACGAGAACUUGCGGAAAUGUGACCCGCGUAUGGCAAAAUCACGGGAUAAGGAAAGAAGCAGCAGAAGAGAAACUCCGGCCGACAAAGGUGACGACGGUGAAGAUGAGAAAUACGGCAGGAGUGACUCUAGGACGACAAGAGCUGCUGCGCGCAUCAACUCGCAAGAAGACGAGAAAAGAACUCCGGAUUGGGGAAUCGCAAGGAGAGAGACGGGAGCGAUAUGUUGAAAGUUCUGGGAUGGAAAAAUAUUCUCGAAGUUCAAGUCGACAUGAAAAGAGCAGGGAGCAUUUUGGUAGGGACAAAGAUACAUGUGAAAGAGCUGUUCAGUGUCGUCGACAGCGAAGAAAGUGCUCCUGGUUUUUUGAGUUCAGAAGUGGUGCAUAAAUGGGAUCGUAAGCGCAAUGGUAGCGCAAAGGUGGGCGAGAAAGGAAUCAAGAGGCAAGAAACCCGAAAGGACUGGUCCAGUGGAAUCGUGCAGAUUGUAGAAGAGAUCGUUGUGGCAAGAUUGGAACAUCAAGAAAAAUUGAGGAGCUCUCCUGGGUCUCACGAGGAUGUUUCGGGGAUCACAAAUGAGAAAGCAAAUCCAGGUCAUGGCCGUCGAAAAGAGAAACUUCUUUCCCGAUGGGAUUAUCCUGAACCCAAAUUGGAAGUGGUAAUUGAAGCGAGUUCACAGGCAGGAACUGGAAUGGAGAGGAUAGAGAGGAAGUGGGGCGAACCUGAGCAGGAUAUUUUCAACAGCAGGGCGUUGGAGGUUGAACCCCGAGAAUUUGCUUCGAGGGAGUGACAAUGCGGAUGAGAUUGAGAGUGGAGAAAUGGAAGGAGGAUGCAAAUCUCUACUUAGCGAGAAAGUAAAGUGUAGUUCGCAGGUAGCCCAUGACGAGGAUUCUCAGGAUUUUAAGAAACUGGUAGCUCGUGGAGAAGCGGAACCAGGAGAAGGAGAAGGAGAAGGAGGUGGUGAUAAUGAGCUAAAGAAACCUGAACGGAAUCGCAGGGAGAAAGAGAGACUGGAAAAGGAGGAAUUGGAUGAGUGGGAGAAAAGUACACAUUACAGAGAAAAAAGGAGUGGAAACUGGUCGAAGGAAAAAUGCCAUUUUGAUCACACUCAGAGCAGAGACAAGUCAGAGUGGCGAGAUCUUAAAGUUGGAAACAAUCUUGAAGGUGAAAGGGAAGAGUCAGGCAACAAGAUACCUAGUUUAGGACGGCGACGUGGGAGAGAUACACUGGAAAGAGAAGAUUGUGAUUUAGGGGGCAGAUUUUUGGGAGGGGAUGACAGAGAGGGGGAACGGGAAAGAGAACAGAAAAAGGGGAGAGGAAUGGAAUGGCAGAGAGAGAGGGACAAAGGGAAAGAGAGAGAAAGAGAGCGGAAGAGGAGGGAUGAGCUUUAUUGGAAUGAUCAGCAACACAUAGGUUCUGAACGUUAUGACGACAGGUAUUGCGACCUAAACGGUGGGGGAAGGUCUACCGUUAAGGGAAGAGAAAAUAGAGGAUAUCGUGUGAAGGAAAAGUAUAGAUCACGAGGAACAGGUCGAGAGGAGCUGGAUGAUAGACACAGAAGGGUGAGUUGGGACAGAAGGGAAGAUGAAAGAACAGGGAAGUUGGCUUCCAAGGAGUCUACGCAUGGCUUCAUGCGGGAUAGUGCUGUGGCUAGAGAGAAGGUAGACGAAGAUGGCAGUAGGAGACCAAGGUGGGAUGAAGAGAAAGGGAAGAAAUCACUUUCGAGGGAUUCAAUUGAAGAGGCAAAGUUGAGUAGAAGUAAAGUUGAGGAUCUCGUAGAUAAGGUCCAUGCAACUGAAAAGGAUAGUGGUUCAGAUUUGCCCGAUGACCGGUGCAGGUUGAAAGGAAAGCAUGGAAGACCUGUGACGUCCCCUCAGAGCCCCGAUGAUAGAAGAGAGCUUUACAAAGGCGGGACGUGUGCGAUAUCAUCUCGAAGUCCUGAUGAUCGGAGAGAUCAUAGAAGUAGCAAAGCUAUCGCAAAUUCUCGUAGUCCUCAUGAUCGAAGAGUAGAGCGAUCAGAUUGGGAGGACGUAGAGCGGGACUGGUCAGAUGGUAGAGAAGAGUAUGACAGAGCGAAGAGCUGCAAAAAACGCGGGACUCAUAAUAGGGAUUACGACAGCAGCGAGAGAGAGCAUGACAGGUAUAGAAGUAGAGAAGGGACUUAUGAUCGGAGCUGGGAAAGAAGAAAAGAAAUAGAUAAGGUGGAUAAUGCAGGCCGAUCCUAUGAACGGCAUCAGAAUCACAGGAAAGGUAAUAGGGAUGCUGUAAGGGGCAGAGAUUCAAAUUUCCAAGUGGAGCAAGAUAUUUGCGAGUCGAAAAAGAGACAUGAUAUUGCUGAUAGAGAGAAGCCGGAUGGGCGGAUGUCGGAACGAGAGAGCAGCGAACGGAACCGGAUGGACCGGGACCUAGUGGAGAGAUUGAGAAAUACGCAGGGAUUUGCUUCGAUGAGUGAUAGCACUGGGCCAGGCCGCCAAUUGCCUCUCAAUUAUGCAGAGCCUGGACGUGGAUUCUGCUCCCAUGGAGGUCCUUACAUGCCAUCAGGUGAUUACUUUGGCGGUGUGGGGAUGAUUGAUUGGGAUGGCCCGACGAAAGACGAUAGAAUACCACCAAGAGAAGGUAUCUUUCUGAGAGGCGACGAUCGGUUUAUGGACAAUGAUUAUCCAGUAGGCCAUGAUCCAGAUUAUGGUCCCGGGAGAGGAGCUGCAGGCGACGGAGGGAUGAGCUGCAAUCCCCAUCCCGGUAGAGGCCGGGGUUCAAAAGUCUUACCGAACAAUAGAGGUCGGGGAGGCAUGUUGGGCCACGAAGGAAGACUUCUUUUCAAUAACAAUCAUUCUGGUCCCAUGCUCAGAGGGAUGCAACAUCAGCAGCAACUACAAUGUGGUAAGAUGCGAGGUCCUAGAGGUGGACCAAAAGGUGCGAGAGGUCAUUGCCGGGAAUUGCAGCGGCCGAGCGUCAAUCCUCUUCUCAUGGGUCCAGGAAUUAGCCCUCGCUACGGUCCAAUGGGUCCUCAAGGAUUAAUGCCUGGUAUGAAAAUGGGACCAGGAUCAGGGCCGGGUCCAACUCCUGGUCCCAACCUGAGCCAAAUUCCUUUGCUUCCAUUUGGAGGGCCCAUGUUUUGGGGGAUCGGUCCUGGAAGUAUCGAUGUGGGAAUGAUGGGGUGCCCACCAGGCCAUGCUCCAGUGAUAGGUCCUGGUCCUGGUGGCCUGGGUCCAAGAUUUGGGCCAGGUAUAGUUCCAGGCCCAGGAUCUAAGAUGUUUUUCAAUCCGCCUGGGCCAGGGAGAGGAAGUCAUGGAGUUAUGUCUAUUGUUUCAUUUGGUGGAAGCGCACCACCUUUCAGUGGACAAAGUGGUGGAGGAGGACGAGGCCAAAUUAGUGACAGAGGUCCACCUGGGGGUGGAAGGGGAUUAGUUGGAAGGGCAAGUGGGCUACCAGGAAGAGGUCCUUCCAGAGGAGAACAAAACGAUUACUCUCAGCAUUUUGUUGAUACAGGUUUGCAACCUCAGAACUUCAUUCGAGAUGUGGAACUUGCCGAUCGAUUCGAAGAGUUCCCAAAGCUGAAAGAGCUGAUAACUAGGAAGGAUCAACUCAUCGCAAAGAGAGCAACACCCCCAAUGUACAUGCAGUAUGAUCUUCGAACAACAGAUUUGUCCCCCGACGUAUUUGGGAUCAAGUUUGAUUUGAUACUUGUGGAUCCUCCUUGGGAGGAGUAUGUUCGUCGAGCUCCAGGCAUUGGACAUUCAAUGGAAUGGUGGUCAGCUGAAGAGAUUCAAAAUCUUCGUAUUGAGGCUAUUGCGGAUACACCUGCAUUCAUUUUCUUAUGGGUUGGGGAUGCUGAAGGUCUCGAGCAAGGGCGUUUGUGUCUUAAGAAGUGGGGGUUCCGGAGAUGUGAGGACAUAUGCUGGGUAAAAACUAACCGGGAAAAUCCUACUCCAGCCCUGCGUCACGACUCCAACACUCUAUUUCAACACUCUAAAGAGCAUUGCUUGAUGGGGAUAAAAGGGACAGUGAGGCGCAGCACCGAUGGUCAUAUUAUACAUGCGAAUGUGGACACGGACAUCAUAAUUUCGGAAGACCCAGAAUAUGGGUCUACACAGAAGCCCGAGGAGCUAUAUCAUAUCAUCGAACACUUCGCACAAGGGAUACGGCGCAUCGAAUUAUUUGGAGAAGACCAUAACAUCCGAUCUGGAUGGGUCACCGUAGGGAAGGGCCUCACUUCAUCUAAUUACAAUCCUCAGACAUAUGCUAAAAAUUUCACUGAUUUAGAGGAAAAAGUUUGGCAAGGUGCCCGUGGCAAUCCUGUGAUUGACGCUCCUCAUCUAGUUGGAACUACUCCAGAAAUUGAAGCUUUACGCCCCAAGUCUCCACCUCCAAGACCUCAAGCUCAGCCAUUCGGACAGGGUUAUGGUGGGAAUUCUCUCUCACAGCCUUCUGCGGGGAACUCCGUUUCGAAAAAGACCUCCACAGAACAGGCAGGUGGUAUUCAGAAUGGACACCCUGUCGCGCUAAUACCUGGUGCUGGACAUGGUUCUGUCAAUCCACCAGGAACAGGAUCUGUUGUGAUUGGACAGUCUCCUCAUGCGGGUGGUCGUGGAGGAGGACACGGUCAAAUUCCCAAAAUUUGCCCCAUCCUUCCUGGGCCCUUGACAAAGGCACAAGGAGCUGCCCCAGGUAUAGUUAGAUCGGGGGGAGACGUGCAGGAAGCAACCUCAGCGGAGGACGUUCUUCACUGUCACCACAUAAAUGAUUGAGGCCUUCAGAGGUCCGGCCAUUCAAGGUUGGAUUAAAUCGUGAAUCUUCUUUUAACAGAACAAUUUUUUUAUGAAAUUUUGUCUCUGAACAAUUUCACAUCCGGUGGUUAUGCCAAUGUAUAAACACUUGAUUUUAAAUCGUAGACUUGCAUAGAACUUAUUCGUCAAUGUAGACACUUUUUAACUCUCAAGGCAAGCAAUUGAUAGGAUUUAUCUGGGUUGCAAACUGCGAUCCUGUCUUUUGGCUUGUUAUUCGUCAGGCCUUUGACUGAGAAUGUUUUCGUGAAAUGAACGAGUUAUAUCAAUCAAAAUAAUGGCAGUGACUUCCGUUAAAAGUAAGGUAAAUCCAGUGUCAGAUGCUGCCCACUUUUUUAAUUUGAA